ACGCCUUAUAACAGGGUAUCUCACUGGCGCGAAAAACGCACUGUGUGGCUCUUUAUUGUGGAGGCCGGGGAGAGUAUAGCGCGUGCUGUUUCAGCCCCGGCGUUUUUUGGGCUCUCUCUUAUUUUUUAGUUCUUUUGUUUUAUUUAUCUGGAACAAAAACGUGUAGAUCGCACACCAGAAACAACUGGAUUUGGUUUUAAGCCAUCACAUUUUCGUGAAUUGAAGACAAUUGGGUCUUUCGUUGCCGUUGGGGGGAUUUCUAUUUUUUUCUGUGCGCUGAAUUACGCAUCGGAAAUUUCGGGGAGAGCCGAACGUUUUUCAGAAGCCACUCGUGUGUGCCACUGGAUCAUUCCUGGGAAUAAACUCUGGAGGAUAUUAUUAGCCGGGAAAAUGGACUUCGACUCGCACUAUUUUUUCGAUUAUUUGGAUACCGAGGAGGAUUUUUACAAAUCAACCGCACCAAGCGAGGACAUAUGGAAAAAGUUCGAGCUGCUUCCCACCCCUCCCAUGUCUCCCACCCGGACUCUAAACCCCCUCUCGCCGGGAGACAGGCUCAGCGUGUUUUCCAAAAUGCUGGGCCAGGAGGACGAGUGCGAGGGUCAGUUCAUCCCGGACACCGAGGAGUUAUUCGGUAACCUCAGCGCCCACAUAAUUCAGGACUGCAUGUGGAGUAGCUUCUCUGCCAGCAAGCAGCUGGAGAAGGUCAACGGGAGAACGCCGGCUGCGGGGCACACCGGUGUUCCCCCCGUCCCCCAGAUCUCCGCAAGAGCGAACAAAGCGCAGUGCGUCUCGCCCGGUAGCUUGCUCUCCAUCAAGGCGACGGACUGCGUUGACCCCGCUGCUGUUCUCACCUUCCCCGCAAGCAGCUGCAGGAAGCCGGCGUCGUCUGGCUCUGAGUCCCGCUCUGAUUCCUCUGAUGAUGAAGAGGAGAUCGAUGUAGUCACUGUGGAGAACAAGCAGAACCGGGUGCGGCUGGUAAAUGUCCGAAAACCAGUCACCAUCACGGUCCGGGCGGACCCCUGCCCCAAACGUUUUCACAUGUCUGUCCACAGACAGCAGCACAACUAUGCUGCUCGUUCCCCAGACAGUGAGCCAGAACCGGAGGAGGAGGAGGAGGAGGAUGACGAUGAGGAGGAGGAGGAGGAGGAGGAAGAACCCCCAAGCAAGCGUGCCUUUAUGGGACCCGGUGCUUCAGCUCAUCUCUCCCAACCAUCAUCCUCCUCGGAGGCUUCACAGAACUCGGACACAGACGACACGGACCGCAGACGGAACCACAAUUUCCUUGAGAGGAAGAGGAGGAAUGACCUCAGGUCUCGUUUCCUUGCCCUACGGGAUCAGAUCCCAGGCCUAGAGUCGGCCAAAACGCCAAAGGUGGCCAUCCUGACCCAGGCGACAGAGUACCUCAUGGAGCUGCACAGCAGGGAGAAACGGCAGCUGCAGGAGAAGAAGCGCCUCAAAUCCAGACGCCAGCAGCUCCUUCGCAGGCUAUCUGAACUCAAGUGCUCUUGAGCCUCCAAACAAGCGCGCCUUCAAAAUAAACUGCCUCAUUCACCCCCGAGAACUUUUGCUCACAAGUUACCCGUCACUUUUGAAAAGCUAUGCUUUUUUUUUUUUUUUCUACAUGCCUCAUGUGAAUAGCUGUGAAAUUUGUUUGGAAUGCAUUCAGCUGUUGUUGUGAAUUGACUGUGCUGGCCUGUGAACCUGUUCUGAUGAUGAGGAGUGGUUAGAUUUUUUUAUUUUUUAUUUUUUUUGGUCAGUAGUUGGGUUGAUGAAUUGAUGCUCAUCAAUACCAUGAUGUGAAUUGCCUGUUAAUUGCUAACCAAGAGCAAACAUUUGUAGCCUUUUGAAUAUGUGUGUUUCUUCAUUUCACCAUUGCACAUGGAGUGAUGCAUGAAUGCCUUUCUGUGUAGCUGGGAGUGAAUGAAUUACUUUUUUUUUUUUUUUUUUUUUUUUUUUUGUAUGACUGAUUAUUUGAGGUUCCAUAAAACAAAGACUCUACUCCUCUGGGUGGUGUAACACCAGGCUACCCAAAAGCCUCUGUUUUGAUAGGAUAAUAGGAGGAAAACUGGGAUGAUAAAGGUUGCACUACUGUACUUUAUACUCACACGUCACUUUCAAUGCUUCUUCUGAUUUUGUUUUAUAAGCAUGCUAACAACAAUAGCAUCAUUAAAUUUUUAUACCAUA